CAUGCAUUGGGUCCGCUAUUAUGCAGGUCGGCGUCUGAGGGCCCGUUAUAGUGCCGCAUCGCGGACUUCUUUUAACGCCAAUUUGCCCGGCGGUCGUUGCGCGUUUCGCUUGUGAAGUAGUGAAAAGACAGAUGGCCAAAAUGCGACCUCAACACAUAGCUGCAAUUUGUGUCCUGCUCAUUUCGGCUGUUACAGCGGAAAUGGUAGAGUACCAAGACCUACUCCAGUCUCAUCCCACUGAUGAUGGCUUUCGGCUGUUAACGCUUGGGGACAAGUACACCCACUUUAACAGGGAGCCGCCUUUGGUUCUGGACCCACAGCACCUCCAAGAGUUUAGAGCUCAGGGUUAUCUGAAUGUUCAUUUCAACCCUGUCGGAGACAAUCCGUAUGAGCCACCUUCCGAGCAGCAGUACGUUGCAGCGCUUCAGAACGCCACUGUCGCUGGAACUGAGGGCGACAUUUGGGACUCUGCUGGCCGCUUAUACCGCACAAGUACCCGGAUGCGGCAUCCAUAUGACAAGCUGAAGUCCUGGAAGGACGAGGCCGAGUCCUAUGGGGUUAAGCACUACAAGCGCCUUGCCACCGCAAUCCACCGCGUUUCCUUUAUGUACUGGCACUUCAUGACGGAGGGACUUCCGAAGAUUGCCAAGUUAGCUCCGAUCCUGAAGUCUGAUCCUGAGCUGAAGCUCCUGAGAUUUGGCAGCCCCUGGGAGCUCGCUUGGAUUAAGAAGCUCGGCAUCAGGGAAAGCCAAAUGGUUACGUUCGACCCGAUGUUUGCCUACCACGCUGAUGAGCUUAUUUUCACCAACCCUGUGGAAGUUUCCCGCACCCCGAGAGAGGAUUUCAACAAGCUUUUGGCCGAGUUGGAGUUUCCUCCGCCGCUGCCUGCGAGCCAACAUGAUCACCUCAUCUACGUAUCGCGUCUCCUGGCUGGCGACCGCAAGGUGACCAAUGAGGAGGCCCUGCUGGAGGCUCUCCGUACCCAGGCAGCGUUGCACGGUUUGAAAUUCGCGAUACACAACGGCAAUGAGACCAACGAGGACAACAUUGAGCUCUUCCGCCGCGCUAAGUUUGUCAUGGGCCUCAACGGUGCUGGCUUGGCGCACUUGAUGUUCGCCCCGCCGGGUACCGCCCUGAUCGAGCUCAUGUUCUUUAACAACACCGGCAUGGACCUCUGGCACAUGACUCGUGCGCUGAAGCAGAAGUACUACAUGGUGCCGUUGCCGCGCUCCUAUUGGCUUGACCCCGGCUCGGACGUGCCCAUCGAGCAAGUCAUCUCCACCCUCCGAUGGGCCAUUGCACGUGAGAGCGGUGCCGAGCCUACCUGCCCGCGGGGCUCAGCGCCCAGUGCGGCGUCAGGAGGCGCCUGCGUGAGCUGCCCCCCCGGAACCUUCAGUACGGGAUACGACGAGUCCUGCUCGCCCUGCUCGCCUGGCUGGGUUGCGGAGCGCGUUGGCAGCAGCUACUGCCGCAUCUGCACCACCGCUGGCUACGCCGCCGGACCUACUGCCUGCACGGCUUGUCCCGCAGGCACCUACACCGCCAUGCCAGCAGCCUCGAGCGUCAGCGAGUGUCUGCCGCCGGACGCCGUUGACAAGAUUAAGCAGUCCUGGCAUCCCGCCGAGUUAGUUGCAAUGAAGGUCUCUGCGUAUUGGAUGGCGAUUAACCGGCGCCAAGCGCGGGAGUUCUCGAGCCUCUCUCCCCAGAUGAAGCACCGUUGCCUGGCAGAUACCGACCCCGGCUAUGCGGGUUAUCCUGGCGGCGGCUUUCUCCCUACGUCUCCCCCGCCCCAACCACCCAGCCCAAGCCCGCCUUCUCCUUCUCCCCCCUCACCCUCACCACCUAGCCCAAGCCCGCCUUCUCCUUCUCCCCCCUCACCCUCACCACCUAGCCCAAGCCCGCCUUCUCCUUCUCCCCCCUCACCCUCACCACCUAGCCCAAGCCCGCCUUCUCCUUCUCCUCCUUCGCCCUCACCACCUAGCCCAAGCCCGCCUUCUCCUUCUCCUCCUUCGCCCUCACCACCUAGCCCAAGCCCGCCGUCUCCUUCUCCCCCCUCGCCCUCACCACCCAGCCCGAGCCCGCCUUCUCCUUCUCCUCCUUCGCCCUCUCCACCACCUCCCAGCCCCAGUCCGCCUCCUCCUCCACCUCCGCCCCAGAUCAUUCCGUCCCCUCUUUCGCCACCUAGCCAAACCCCGUCUACCGUAUCGCCCUCGCCCCAGCCGCCAAACCCACAUUCGCCUCUUUCUUCCUCACCACCUCCCUCACCACCUCCCUCACCACCUCCCUCACCGCCUCCCUCACUGCCUCCUCCUCAUCCCUCGCCGCCUCCUGUUACGUCCCCGUCUCCUACACCUUCCAUAUCGCCACCACCUUCGUCGCCACCCCCAUCCCCGCCGCCGCCGCCGCCGCCCUCCCCCCCUCCCCCCCCCA